AUGAGUAAUACUUCCACUAACGAACAUAAAGGUCCCCCACAUGGAUCUAGUCGUGUUGCCGCUAUGAUUAAAGCACGGGAGAAAGAAGCUAAUGAAAGAAAGGGAUUUUCAAAACCUCUUAAAACAACUCCUCCAAAUCCUUCAACAUCUAACACAACACCUGUCUCGAAUCCAAAAGUAAAUCCACAAACUACCACUUUCAAAAACGUAAAACAAAGUCCACAUAAUACUUCAAAUACUUCACCUCAACCUUUUCUUCAGACACAAAAGCGGUUGGCUCUUCCAAAAAACACCGAAAUUCCACUCGAAGUCAAAGAAACAUCACACAAAAAGGAAAUCACCCCACGGCAAAUCGAAAUCAUCAGUGCAACACCACAAAAAGAUGACAAAGUUGGUUCCCCCAAACAAAAGAGUCAAUUGAAUCAAUUGGCACAAUCCACUCCAAUAACCACCAAAAAAGUUCCAUCACAAAAAAUCGACGUGAAAAUGACGGCAUCCACUACUCAACAGCAAACAACAGAUAGCACGGACACUUCAAAGAAAGAACAAGUCGAUAUCCAACACCCCGAAAAAGAUAUUUUGAACGACCAAAUUUUCAACUCAGCACAUUAUACACCGGACGAUGACUACGACAACGAAAUCAAAGAAAAACCACGGAAAACACUCAACGCGAAAAAAGUGACCAAAAAAUCAAAAAAGUCAAAAAAGAAACCGCAAAAAGUCGAGAAAGUCGAAAAGGAAGAAAAAGACGAAAAAAAUGAGACUGUCGCACCACAACAACAAGAAAAGCCAAUCGAAAAUUUAGAACUAAACACAACCGAAAUACCACAAGACGCUACUUUAGGUCAACCCGACAUCUUAAAUGAUCUUGAUUUUAACACGGCAAUUAGUGGAACAACUGAUGACGAUUACGAGAAAUCGGCUCCAAAAAAGCGUAAAGCCCUCAACGCGAAGAAACCCAAAUCGAAAAACGCGAAGAAAAAAAUGAGAAGUACGAAAAUUGACGAAAGCGACAGUUUGACGACGUCGACAGAAAUGUCGGAUACCGCCAACACAAAUGACGAAGUUAUAAAAGUCGAGAAGUCUCCACGGAACCUCAAAGGCGACGAAAAAAUGGUUCAAAGCUCGCCAAAUCAAAAAUUGCAAAGCGACACACCAAUUGAGAGAAAGAACUCGACGGGGUCAUUACAUAUGCCAUCACCAUCCGCUCCACCUAUUAACCCAUUUAACAUUAAAGAACAUAUCAGUGAAGAUAAGUUACAAAAUGAAGAUCCGAUGGUGACCAAAAUUCUGCGAGUCGAAGUAGAUAAGAAAGAGUUAGUCUACAACAUUGCGAAUUCGAUUGGAAGAGGGGCUUUUGGAGAAGUUUUAAAAGGGAUGAAUGCGGACUCUGGGGAGUUUGUAGCGAUCAAACAGAUGAAAGUGAACAAGAAAAGUGUGUUAAAAGAAGUUGAAGAAGAGAUCAAAUUAUUGAGGUUUUUGAAGAAUGAUUAUAUAGUGAGGUAUAUAGCGUCAACACAAAGCUUUGGAUGUUUAUAUAUAGUAAUGGAGUAUAUGGAGUCUGGGUCCUUAUUAAACAUUGUGAAACAAUUCAAACAAUUGAAUGAAGUCUUGACAGCGAAAUAUAUCUAUCAAGUGUUAAUAGGGUUAGAAUAUAUUCAUUCCCAAGGUAUAGUUCAUCGUGAUAUUAAAGCUGCUAAUAUAUUAGUUGCUAAAGAUGGAAGAGUCAAAAUUGCUGAUUUUGGAGUGUCGAUCCAAACAAGCGAUUUGGAAAAUGGGAACAGCGAAGACCCAAUUGGAACACCAAAUUGGAUGAGUCCUGAAGUGAUUCAAAUGCAAGGAACGACAGUCAAAGCAGACAUUUGGGCACUUGGUUGUACGAUUCUGGAAUUAAUUACUGGAAACCCUCCGUAUUGGGAUCUUAACCCGACGGCUGCACUGUAUAGAAUAUGUACAGAUGAUCACCCACCAUUUCCACUGAACGCAUCUCCACUUCUUAAAGUCUUGUUAUUGGACUGUUUUAAGACGGAUAUUAACAUCAGAGCGUCAUCAAAAGAAUUGUUAAGUAAUGAAUGGUUCUCUGCAAAUGGAGUCAAGUUGAUUGAUACGACUCCAAAGGUCUCAAGGCCUUUAACAUUAUCGAAACCCCCAACACUACCGAAGCCAAAGGGAAGCGUUGCAAUUGACUCAGUAAAGACUGGGGACAUCGACGACUGGGGCGAUGAAUAUGAAUUGGAGUUGAACGCCAAAGAACCAGCAAAUACACCAAAGAAGCAACUCACAACAAAAACAGUUGUAGCGACUACGGCAGAGGAUUUGGACUGGGGCGACGAUUUUGGACCGAACACGCCAACGAGUUUGAGCGGAACUUUGAAGGACAAAAGUGCUACUAAACAGAGUGUUACGCCACUUACAAAGAAGACUACUGCUGUUGAAAUAGAUGAUGAUUGGGGCGAUAUCGAAUUUCCAGAACCAAAGGGUGGGCAAAGUCCUAUAAAAUCGAAUGAAAGUGUGAAGAAGACGGACAGUGCUGAUGACAUCUUUGAGAAGAUGAAUGAAGACGACUCUGGGGAUGGAAUGAUGAAGAUAGCAGCUUUAGAUGCUGAAGUGAGUGUGAGUGAGAAGAAACAAAAGUUCUUAAGUUUGAUUAAAGACAUGUCACGAGUCAUCGAUUUGAUGCCAAAGGACUAUUCGGCACGAGUAGAGAAGAUUAUAAUGGAGUUGACGAAGGUGUGUUACGAGAAAGAGUUUACAGAGAUGGAUUCUAUAUUACAUAUGGUAGGGAUUAUGCCGGUGUUUGCUGUCUUAGAACGAGAGGAAUUUAGUAAUGUUGUUGAUUUGAGAUAUAAUGCUCUUAAAAUCAUUAAUACAGUCAUAUCCAAAAGUGGAAGAGGACGAAUGAAUAUCAUGUUAAGUGGUGGGAUGACGAUCAUUAACUUUGGACUCUCCCAAGCUAAGAUGAGUGAUAAAGUGUUGAGCGAGUUGACCAAAUUUGUGAGUGUGAUAUUAGCGGAUAAUACGAAUAAAUAUCAACUUGCGCAAAUGUUUAUUAAUUGUGGGGGGCUCACGAUAUUGAGUCAAAUUCUUGCGAUGAAAUACGACACGUUUUCGUUCAAUAUCGAAACUAUAUUGGAUGUUUUGAUCAAAUUUGUGAAAGCGCAGACGGAGGAUAUCACCAAUCGAAUAGAAAUUUGUUCGAGAAAUAUAAUAGUGUUAUUGUUUUUGAAAUACAAGAUCAUCGACACGUUGAUUCAAUUUGUGUGUAAAACAGUCGCAUUGAAGGAGUUUAAUGCGGCCUUGAAAGCGAUCACAUUAUUGAAUCAAAUAGUGGACAGUGUAGUGAAGAAUGAUAACACGUGGAUCAAGCCUGAGAUCUCCCAUCGUAUCAUUUUGAAUGAUUUGUUAUUAAUAAAAAUUGAUGAAAAGACGGUAGAUGCCAAUUAUGUCCAAGAAGAAGUCUUGUUUAAUAUUAGUCGACUGUGUAAGAAUAUGUUAAGUGAAAGUGACGAAGAGAUCAGAGAACAUCUUCUUGGAGCGAAGAUCAUCACUUUCUUGUUACGCGUGCUUGACAGGUGUAAUCGUCUUGACCCGGAAAUGAAAGAACGCGACAAGACCAAAACCUCAAAACCGAUAUUGAAGAAGAUGAUGAAGAAAGGGGUUAUUAACAAUGUCAUCCAAUGUCUUAACUGUAUUAUACUCAACGCACUGCCACUUGAGAAGAAGUUUUUCAGUGAAUUCUUGACCUUCCCCAAUGUAUUCAAUUUGCUUAAAAGCUAUUGUGAAACGGCAAAGAAUGAGUCUUCAGUGAUGAGUGAAGUGACUGUCGAUAUUAUGCUGAAAAUAGCGAGUGCUUUAACUAAAUCUAAUAAGUCUUCCGACUUCAUUAUUAACAAUGGGAUCACUUUCUUCAUCGACCACAUCGCAGUCAUCGGCCUCCGCGCGCACUUCUUCAGCGCAAUUCAAGCGUUAUAUUUGGCAAAUACAAAACGCGGGUUGGCGGAACUCUCUGUGGACAUUUCUGUUCUUCGGAUGGCGAAAAUAUUGAAAGCAGCGAAGUACGAAGACAAUGUGAGUUUGAAUGAACUGGGCGACUUCUACAGAAUGAUUUCGGACCAGAAGUUAAUAGCGGCCAAACUUGCAGAUUCCGUCUUUUUAAAUGCCUUCUCAUACGCCGUCCAGUCGAUUCCAACAGACCUCAUUGAAGCCAAAAAGAAAGGAGAAGAGUGCUUGAAACUCUUACUGAUUGCGCAUCCCGAUUUGGCGUCAUGUCCGUUCCACAAUAAGAUCAUCACUAAUUUGGAGUCUAUAAGAGAUGAUGGUCUUAAAGAUGGUAAAAUAGUUAUUUCUCGAAUGGCCGAAGAGUGUAUGGACAUUCUUAAUAAGGCAAGUAACGAUUCAAAUACUAAGAAAAUGCCUUCAAUCAGUAAACGAAUCAAAGACGACCACAACGCACAUAAACGUGGAGAGUCUUGGAUCGCUUCUUUCGGCACGAGAAAGGACAAAGACGAGACGAACUCCGAAGAAAAGAGUGAGAAAAGCGAGAAGAGUGAAGAUUCCAAAAAGUCCGAAAAGAGUGAGAAAUCAGAGGACUACAAAGAGCCAAAAACACCCAAGAGAACAAGUGGGUCAAACAUGAAGAAUUCAACAGUCCCACUCGACUCCCCAAGAGAUCAGAAAUCACCAGACCACCCUCAAAUCAAGAAAAGAGGGUUCUUGACCUUCGUAAAAAAAUAA